AUGCUGGGUUGUGGUGGCUCUGGGGGACCACACCUACUGGACAUCUGGGUGUCUGAAGAUAGAGAUUUGGGAGCCCACAGCAUAUCACUGGUAGACGAAAUCUUGGGAGCAGGUUUCAAAGAAUGUAUUAACAGAACAUUUGUUAAUGGGACUUCUGUUCUUUUUAAUGUUUGGACUCAUUUGGCUGUAUUCUAUAGUGAGGUCUAUGGGAAAACAGGUAUAUGGGAAAACAGGUCACAGCGCAUUACAUCAGAAGAUGCAGCCAAAGAGCCCCAGUGUCAUAAGCCUGUUCCUUCCUGCAGGAAGCCAGAGUUGGGAUGUUCUCCAACCAAUGGGAACGCCAAAGUCUCUUACCCUCCAGAUGACACCACAUUUGUAACUGCUGCACAGACCUCUGGAUUGACAUCGAGUGGAUUUAUCAACUCAUUUGUCUCAGUUUUCAUGACUGUGCAAGCCAUCACGGUUGUCUGUCCUGCCACAUUCUGGGACUAUGUCCCAAUUCCUUCUACAUCUUGGAUUCUGACGAGUGAAAAGAGUAGAAAGAGUAAGGACCAGCAAAAAUCCACCAACGUAGUUUAUCAAGCCCACCACGUGAGCAGGAACAAGAGGGGACAGGUGGUUGGAACAAGGGGCGGGUUCCGAGGAUGUACCGUGUGGCUAACAGGUCUCUCUGGUGCUGGAAAAACCACGAUCAGUUUUGCUCUAGAAGAGUACCUCGUCUCCCACGCCAUCCCUUGUUACUCCCUGGAUGGGGACAAUGUCCGCCACGGCCUUAACAAGAACCUCGGAUUCUCUCCUGGGGACAGAGAAGAAAAUAUCCGACGGAUUGCCGAGGUGGCCAAGCUGUUUGCCGACGCUGGCCUCGUCUGCAUCACCAGCUUCAUUUCUCCAUUUGCAAAGGAUCGUGAGAAUGCCCGCAAAAUCCAUGAAUCAGCAGGACUGCCGUUCUUUGAAAUAUUUGUGGAUGCGCCUCUAAAUAUUUGUGAAAGCAGAGAUGUAAAAGGCCUCUACAAACGGGCCAGAGCUGGGGAGAUUAAAGGAUUCACAGGCAUUGAUUCUGAUUAUGAGAAACCAGAAACUCCUGAGUGUGUGCUUAAGACCAAUUUGUCCACCGUGAGUGACUGUGUUCAGCAGGUAGUGGAACUACUGCAAGAACAGAACAUCGUUCCCCACACUAUCAUCAAAGGCCUCCACGAACUCUUUGUGCCAGAAAACAAGCUUGACCAAGUUCGAGCCGAGGCUGAAACUCUUCCUUCCUUAUCAAUAACUAAAUUGGAUCUCCAGUGGGUCCAGGUUUUGAGCGAAGGCUGGGCCACUCCCCUCAAAGGCUUUAUGCGGGAGAAGGAAUACUUGCAAGUUCUGCACUUUGGGACCCUCCUAGACGACGGAGUCAUCAACUUGAGUAUCCCCAUCGUGCUGCCCGUCUCUGCAGAUGAUAAGACACAGCUGGAAGGGUGCAGCGAGUUUGUCCUGACUUACGGCGGACGGAGGGUGGCUAUCUUACGAGACCCUGAAUUCUAUGAACAUAGAAAAGAGGAGCGCUGUUCCCGUGUGUGGGGGACAACAUGUGCAAAACACCCCCAUAUCAAAAUGGUGAUGGAAAGUGGAGAUUGGCUGGUUGGUGGAGACCUUCAGGUGCUGGAGAGAAUAAUGUGGAAUGAUGGGCUGGACCAAUAUCGCCUGACGCCCCUGGAACUCAAACAGAAAUGCAAAGAAAUGAGUGCUGAUGCAGUGUUUGCAUUCCAGCUGCGCAAUCCUGUCCACAAUGGCCAUGCUCUGUUGAUGCAAGACCCCCGCCGUAGGCUCCUUGAGAGGGGAUACAAGCACCCAGUCCUCCUGCUACAUCCUCUGGGUGGCUGGACCAAGGAUGACGAUGUGCCUCUGGACUGGCGGAUGAAGCAGCACGCAGCUGUGCUUGAGGAAGGGGUCCUGGACCCCAAGUCAACCAUUGUUGCCAUCUUUCCAUCUCCCAUGUUAUAUGCUGGCCCCACGGAGGUCCAGUGGCACUGCAGGUCUCGGAUGAUUGCGGGGGCCAAUUUCUACAUCGUGGGCAGGGACCCUGCAGGAAUGCCCCACCCUGAAACCAAGAAGGACCUGUAUGAACCCACUCAUGGGGGCAAGGUCUUGAGCAUGGCCCCUGGCCUCACCUCUGUGGAAAUCAUUCCAUUCCGAGUGGCUGCCUACAACAAAGCCAAAAAAGCCAUGGACUUCUAUGAUCCAGCAAGGCACAACGAGUUUGACUUCAUCUCAGGAACUCGUAUGAGGAAGCUCGCUCGGGAAGGAGAAAAUCCCCCAGAUGGCUUCAUGGCCCCUAAAGCAUGGAAGGUCCUGACAGAUUAUUACAGGUCCCUGGAGAAGAACAAGUAAAUGUCUUUGGCUCUGGACUUUCUUUCUGAAGUGCUCUUUGAAUACCUUUUCUAUUUUUGUGAUUAGAUGCUUUGUAUCCAAUUGCUUCUCAAUGACUGAUUUUAAAGUGAAUAUUUUAUAAUGAAGUAAAAAUGGUCUAUAAUUUAAAAAGUCAACAUAAUAUAUAUAUAUUAUGUAACCAUAUAUAUAUGUCAAACUGAAGACCAAAUUUUAGCAGGUGAAAGCAAUAUUGUUAAACAUUUCAGAAUAAAAUUACCUGUAUUCUUGACUGCAUCUGUGCAAGUAUGUCCCAGAUUUCCCAAGGCUUUGACUGUGUGUCUAGUUACUUGCCAAAAAGUGAAGUGUAUUUUCUAGCAUAAGUCAUGCCAAUCUGCACUCUCCCAAUGUCAUAUACCACAAGUAAAAUAAAUCAGGUGAGCAGCCUCUUCGGAACAACUGA